AUGCCCACAGUCCUCCUCCCACCCAAAAGAGCCGUCGUCCCACUCGCUCAAGGCCGAUGGGCACAGUGCGUUUCUCGAAACCAACUGCGCACGUUGCGCUCGUCUCCAGCUCACGACGCAGAGGAAAUAGAAUUUAAUGGGAAUGAUAAUGACUUUAUUUUAUCAAUUUUGCGCGCAAAGCCUUCCAUCAGGGAUACAAAGUCGUAUCUUGCCUCAAUCAAUUCCCUUCCUCCUUCUCCCGCCGCCUCGUUGCAGCGAGCCACAACGGACAAGCCAGCUGUUGACUCGACAGCCACCUUGAGCCCACCGUCUCAAGCACAGACCAAUGCACAAGUUCACCCACCAUCCCUUAUUCAAGAGCUCAUUGAUCCCGUGCACCGACGAACCGCACUUGUCAAACUCCAAGGUCCCUUUUCGGAUCGUCAACUCGAGAGCAUUGCCCGUGGAAUCGUCUAUCUCGAAAAGCUCGGCCUCGUGUCUGUCAUCGUCGUAGACAACGACACCUGGGAGUCUGGAAGUGAGUGUAAAAAAGAAGACGUCGUCGAAGAGACGAUGCGAGUGGUGGCUUCCCUCGAAGCCCAGGGCGCACGGGCCCGUCCCGUACUGGACAGUAUCGUACGACUAGGCCCAAACCCACAAGAUGAGGGUACCGAGGAUUCCGAACGGCAAGGAUAUUGGACGCCAGAGGCGCAUGCCGUGCCCGAAGACUUGGUCGCGGUUCGUUCUGCGUUGCAUUCGGGCGAAAUCCCUGUGCUCCCACCAGUAGCUCUGGACUCGUUUUGCAGAUCUGUUAGAGUAUCUGCCAACGAUAUCAUUGCUGCGUUGACGCGCACUAUGGUACAAAUGGGCUCCUCACCCGUGCCUGGCCCAGCAGCGUCCCAGGUGGAUAUGACACCUCUUCGAUUGAUGAUCAUCAAUAGAGAAGGUGGCAUACCAUCCUAUGCACGUUCUGGUCUCCCUCAUCUCCUCGUCAAUCUGGCAUCAGAGUACGAACAUAUUCACGACUCGUUUCUACCACAGUGGAAAAUAUCACACCCUACCGCUCUCGCUAAUCUCGCACUGGCUAGGGCGUGCCUGUCGUACAUGCCUCGCACCUCCUCCGCCAUCAUGGUCUCCCACCGUUCUCCCUCCUCGCUCAUCGCCAACCUCAUCACGAAUAAACCGGCGCAAUCUUCCUCACUCCCACACGCGCUCUUGCAUGGAACCAGAAAGCUCACCCCGCACACACCGACGCUGUUUCGGUUUGGACUUCCUAUCCGUGUGAUCCGAGACCCCAAGGAGAUUGACAAGGCGAAGAUGACAGCACUCCUGGAGCAAUCGUUUGUAAAGACCCUCGACUAUAACGCGUUUUGGGAUCGGGUCGACAGGAAGUUGGACUUUGCCAUUAUCGCUGGAGACUACGAAGGCGGCGCUAUUGUCACUCGAGAGACGCUCCCACCCUCUCAACCUGGUGAAGAGCCACGGUCCAUGGUGUAUCUCGACAAGUUUGCUGUGCUUCCUUCGCACCAGGGAGACGGGACCGUCGACUUUUUGUGGGUCGCAUUGCAUGACGAGUCGUACGGUCUCGGUACGCCCUUUGCGCGCAAUUUCCUCGAGGGGAGUAUGCAAGGGUUCGGCCAGGGCCAAGACCUCGUCUGGCGGUCUCGUGCGGAUAACCCCGUCAACAAGUGGUACUAUGAGCGCAGCUCGGGCCACUUGCGCAUCGGAUCCAAGAAGGAGUGGGUCUUGUUCUGGUGUGAUGCAGAAAGUCGGCUUCGCAAGAUGGAGAGUUCAAUUAGAGCUGGUGGAGAGGACGGAUCAUGUCCUCCGGAGAUUGUGAGAGGCAAGAAUGGUCAUGUUAUGCGGGGACCUCCAUUUGUGGCGGAGGAGGAGCAAGGAAGACUUGGAAAGUGGGCCAGGGUUGUGGGAAAUAUUCCGUCGAGUUGGAUCAAGAAAUAG